AUGGAUAUUGAUUAUUUGUUUGCCAUAAAAGUAGUUAGUAUGAUAGUGAUGUUUUUGAUGAUUAUUGUAAUGGGCAAUAUUCCCUUGAGAUCUACAGCUUUUAAGGGAAAUAAAUUAUUAUUAGAAUUGACAGGAGCUUUUUCAGGAGGACUAUUUUUAUCAGUCGGGAUUAUACAUUUGCUGCCCGAAUCUAUGAAACAGUUUCAUUUGAAUUAUAAGGCUUAGGAGAUAGAAUCCUUUGAUGAAUUUCCUUAUGCUUGUUUAAUAACAGUCUUAAGUUUUGCCUUGAUUUUGUACAUUGAAAAAAUAGCUUUCAUUCAUGAUCAUACUAAUGAUGAAAGUCAUUCUCAUUAAAUAACUGUGAUAAACCAACAGGAUAUUUUUGGGGAAUUGGAGAGUCCAGAAACAGGAAAGCAAUAAAUUCCAUCAACAAAAGAUUAGAAUGAAAUACAGUUCAAUUCUUUGACUCCUUAUAUAUUAUAGUUUGCCAUAGGUAAAGUUUUAUGUAAUGAGGAAUUCAUGCAUUCUUUGAGGGUUUAGCAAUCGGAAUAGAAUAACAAGUACCUCAAUGUUUAGGCAUUUCCUUAGCAGUAAUUUGUCAUAAGUGGGCAGAAGGUUUGACUUUAGGUUUAUCUUUCAAAAAAGCAAGUAUUAUCGAUCAUUAUUUGCAUAGAUACAAAUAUUUAGAGUGCAACAAUAAUGAUCUUUAUAUAGGCAAUCAUAAAUCCUAUUGGAAUUCUUAUGGGAUGGAUAUUAUCAAAUCAAGGAUAUAUAAUAACUGGGAUAUUUUAGUCUAUUUCGGCAGGAACUUUUGUUUAUAUAGCAACUAUGGAAGUAAUUUAAGAAUAAUUCAACAAUAAAUCAAAUUCUUAUUUUAAGAUGCUGAUGUUCUUGCUAGCAAUAGGAUUCAUAAGCUCAAUUUGGAAGAUAGAGAAAUUAAGUUUUUGA